AUGUCAGAAGCCAUCAAAAUGGCAGAAGAAGCUUUUUCAGCUAAUGAAAUUCCAGUAGGAUGUGUUUUUAUCAACGAAUUAGAUGGAAAACUAAUUUCAAAAGGAAGAAAUCGGACCAAUGAAACCCGAAAUGCUUCUCUUCAUGCCGAAUUCGAUGCAUUGAGUUCUUUACUACCUAAUCCAAAAAACCCAAACCUAAAAACCGAUUUCAAGAACCUCACACUUUAUGUAACAGUAGAACCUUGUCUGAUGUGUUCAUCAGCCUUAAGACAAAUAGGCAUCAAAAAGGUCUUUUUCGGUUGUUCUAAUGAUCGAUUUGGUGGGUGUGGUGGUGUGAUUUCGAUUCAUAAUGAUCCUAGAUUAUUAUUUAGUGAACCUUUUGUUGCGUAUGGUGGGUAUAGAAGAGAAGAAGCGAUCAUUUUAUUACGUAAAUUCUAUAUUACUGAGAAUUCGAAUGCUCCUGUACCUAAGAAGAAAACCAAUCGGGUCUUGAAAUUCGAAAUGCCACCACUUUAA